AUGUGGCAAUCUUUAAUCAAUUUAUGUAAUUCGAAUAGCUUAGUAUUCGAACCAAAAUCCAUCAGAGUGGAUUUCGAAAAGAGUGCACAUUUAGCAAUUCAGCACUGUUUUCCACUAUACAAUAUAUAUGGUUGCCGAUUCCAUCUAGGACAGGCUUGGUAUAGAAAGCUUAAUCAAGAUUUUCUAUCUCUAAGCAAUGAAUAUAAAGCUAAUACAGAAGUCGGAAAAUGGAUUAAAUAUUUCUUUGGUUUAUCUUUUAUUUCCCCUGAAGAAGUUUCUGAUGUAUUUUGCGAGUUGAUCGAAAGAGCACCAAAUAGCGACGUAUUACAUUUUAGUGAUUACAUAUAUGAAAAUUAUCUUCAAGAAAAUUGUUUAUUUCCUUUAGAGAUGUUGGCAGAAAUUCCAUCAAAUUUACCUAAAACUACUAAUAUGGACCUGAGGCAUUUCAUUCGCAUUAUAAUGCACAAUUUUACAGUACUCAUGUACUCAAGUAUGGCAUUUUUAUAA